AUGGGUACGCAACUUCCUGGGAGUGUUAACUACGCUCGGAAUAAUUUACUCAAGCGCAAUAGCGCCAAGACCCUCGCCGCGCAAGGUGGGCCUGUCAGCGAGUUCUGGCAGGCGGCGGCCAGAUGCUCGUCGGGCAGGUCGCUGUCCAACCACGGGAAGAGAAAGCGGCGAACAAGCCGCAGGCAAAAAGACGUGGACCAGGAGGACCGGGGCCAGAGCCCAGCGCUGGAACUGCAUUGCACGAAGCACCAAACAAAAAGCCAAUCCCAGAGCUCCAACCCGGAAGGCAAAGCCUCACCUGGCACCUCAGAGGGCCCCUACAAUCCGGGCUACCUGCCCAAUGGCGCCAAUGUCCCUCGUCCUAAUCCUGUGCCCGGCGCAAUCCCGCUUCUGCCCAACCAAGGGCGUAUCCUCAAGGAGGGCCCCACCAGGGUCCUGUGCAUUGCAGAUGUUCGAGGCAACCUCCGGUCGCUGAACGAGCUCGCCAAGCAGGCUCGCGCCGACUACAUCAUCCACACGGGCGACUUCGGCUUCUACGACGACACAUCUUUGGAGCGCAUCGCUGAGAAGACCCUCAAGCAUGUUGCUCAAUACUCGCCGCUCAUCUCGGAGCAGACCAAGAAGGCGAUCGCUGCUGCUGGCCCCGGCCCGAUCAAGGGCAAGUUCCCGCCCAGCGAACUUCCCCUCUCCGAGCUCCCCCUGCUGCUCAGCGGCGAGCUGAAGCUCGAUGUGCCUGUCUAUACUGUCUGGGGCGCCUGCGAGGACGUGCGCGUGCUGGAGAAGUUCCGCUCCAAGGAAUACAAGGUGCCAAAUCUCUACAUCAUCGACGAGGCACAGUCGAUGCUGCUCGAGGUGGGUGGCGUCAAGUUGCGUUUGCUGGGCUUGGGCGGCGCUGUCGUCAUGCACAAGCUCUUUGACAAUGGCGAGGGCCGCACCACCAUCGCCGGCGGCCAGGGCACCAUGUGGACCACUCUCCUCCAAAUGGGCGAGCUUGUCGACACGGCCAACCGCGUCUACGACCCGACCGAGACCCGUAUCUUCAUUACCCAUGCCUCACCUGCCCGCGAGGGUUUGCUCAACCAGCUCUCAGUCACCCUCAAGGCGGAUUUCUCCAUCUCGGCUGGCUUGCAUUUCCGCUACGGUAGCUCUUACAACGAAUUCAGCGUCAACCCGACCCUCGAUCAUUAUCGUGGCAAGCUGGCUGCUUCCAAGGCUUCGUUCAACGAUGUUUGGGAGACCGUCAAAGGUGAGGUUGAGCCGGCCAUUGAGAAGAAUGAGGCUCAGCAGACACUUCUUCGUAACGCCUUGAGCGUUGUUGAGAAGAUGCCGUCAACUGCUGCUGGUGGUAACCCCUUCGGUGGCGCCCCUGCUGGCGCUUCGGCCGCUGCUCUUGGCCAGGUCGACGAGAGCGCUUUCAAGAACAUGUGGAAUUUCAACCUUGCCGAUGCCGCCUUUGGCUGGCUCGUGUUGGAAAUCCAGGAUGGCCGGAUUGGUACAGAGAUGCGUGCGCAGGGCUUCAACUUCUCUCAUCGAACCGCCAAGCAGCCGCUGCAUCCUCCCGCUUCGACUCAUUCCUCCAUCCCGAGCAGCACGGCUGCUAGCCAGCCGUCGACUCAAGCCCCUGCUGGACCAUCGUCCACAACAUCGACUACUACUCCUGCUGCUGCCCAGCCUCCGGCGUCUAAGCCCACCCCCCCGCCCGCGGUUCCCCAGCAGGCUCCUAAGCCUGCCGUCCCAACACCCGCGCCAGUUCCCAAGCCUGCCACGCCGCAGCCGGUACCAUCAUCUGCCUCACCGGCUCCGAAGGAGGAGAAGCCUGCAUCCGCACCCGCUAAUGGCGCGUCAACGGGCUCUACCGCCCCGGCCGAGUCGUCCUCUGCCCCAUCCCCGGUACCGCGUACCCCUGCCGAGAACAUGAUCGGCCUGUUCGUGAUGAAUGCUCAGUCUGACGAUCAGGUUCGCGACCUUUUUUCCGAGGAGGACAAGCCUAAAAUCCUCAAGAUCGACCGUUGGGGCGCCAACAAGGUUGCACUUUUCAAGACGGUUGAGGACCGCGACGCGGCCAUGGAGCGCAUCGCUGACGAGUUCAAGACCCGUGCUCCUGGCCAAGAGGACCGCUCCAAGCCUCUCGUGAAGAUCUUCCAGCCCCCUGCGCCGAGGCAGUUCUCUCGUACCAGUGCCGGCAACUGGGGCAGCUCUAGGAGCGCCGGUGGUGCUAAGGGUGGUGAUGGGAAUGCCCAGAGCGGCUACCGCAGUGCCGGCGGUGGUGGAGCCAGUGAUAGCGAGGGCGCCGGACGUCGCGGUGGUCGGGGCGGUGGGCGUGGCGGCCGUUCGGGCGGUGAGAGAGGUCGCGGACGCGGUCCCCGUGGCGGCGGCAAGGAGGGCGGGUCUUCUGGUCAAGGGGAGGCUUGA